AGUACCAUCAUCUCUUUCAGCAUAGUGCUUCAUCUUUGCCUUUAAGACUAUCUGGGUUUGAAAAGUGGGUGGUUUUUCCUCUCUCAAAAGACUCCACAUAGCUUUUUCUCUCUACCCUUUUCUCCUCGUUAAUCCAUGGACACAGCUCACUGGCCACAGGGUAUUGGAGUGGUUAACUCCAUGGAAGAUUUUUCUUCUACAAGGCCAAUCACAGAGAGAAGGGCAAGGCCUCAAAAGGAUCAAGCUUUGAAUUGUCCAAGGUGCAAUUCCACCACCACAAAAUUCUGUUAUUACAACAAUUACAGCCUCUCUCAGCCAAGAUACUUUUGCAAGACUUGUAGAAGGUAUUGGACUGAAGGUGGAUCUCUGAGAAAUGUUCCGGUGGGUGGAGGGUCACGGAAGAACAACAAGAGAUCAAAUAAUUCCGAUUCAUCAUCACCGUCCACGUCUUCAGCGAAGAAGGUUGCUCAUGAUCGUGAUCACCAUCUGACCCCACAAAGUAAUUUUCCUUCUCAGUCUGCUUCUCAAAACCCUAAUAAGAUCCACUUCCAAGGUCAAGAUCUCAACCUUGCAUACCCACCAGCUGAUCAGGAACAUGACAACAAUAAUAUUACCGAACUACCCUUCAGUAUGGAGACUAUUGACAACAGAACCUACCACCACCAAAACCCUAGCUCCUCAGCCACUACUACCACAUCUCAUCAUUUCUCAUCGGCUAUGGAACUGCUCAAAAGUACUGGGAUUGCAUCAAGGGGGCUGACUUCUUUCGUGCCGAUGGCGGCGGUGGAGGUGCCGGAUCAUUCGAGUAACAUCACAAUGUUUUCAUCUGGGUUUCCGAUGCAUGAGUUUAAGCCAAGUGGGCUUAGUUUUUCUCUAGAUGGGUUUGAGAGUGCUGGAUUUGGUGGCUGUCUUCAAGGGGUGCAAGAGACUACUAAUACUAGUCAUGCAAGGCUUUUGUUUCCUACUGCUCAGGAUUUGAAGCAGCAGAUUCCGAGCUCUACUACUGCUGCUGCUGAUUUUGAUCAACACAAUAAUAGAGGAGGAGAAGGAGGUUCCGGUGGUGGGUAUUGGAAUGGAAUGCUAGGUGGCGGAUCAUGGUAAUGCAAUUGCCAGAAAAGAAACAAAAAAAGUAGUGAUCUAGAAGAAAGAUCGGUAUUUGGUUUUGUUUUUCUUCAUUUGCUUGGAUGGCUUGUUUGGAAUUGGAGUUGAUAACGAACAAAGUAAUAGGGUACAUGAGUUUUUCUUCCCCUUUUUCAUCAUCAGUGUUAAUUAUACUUGAUCUGCCUUGUUCUUUCUCCCUCUCGGUUUUCUAGUAUGCUUAGGAUAUCCUGUACACCAGAGCAUAGUAGAAUUUUCGCUCAUUCUCACCCUCCUCCUUAUUAUUUUUUUUCCUUUAUUUUGUCCUUAAUCAAUGUGCAUGUUUGAAAAUUUAUUAUUGGUUUUGCUUCAAA